AUGGAGGAUGUCGAAGAGAGCGAUGUGGACGGGCCAGUCGGAGCAAACGCCAGCGAGCGUUAUGCUUGGCAUUUCGACAUGCUUCAUGACGAUGCCCGCCUCAAGGCCUUCUGCGGGGCUUUCGAUCGGCUGCCGAAAACUGUGUUGCAACAUUUGGCGAUGGAUGUCGGUUGUGGGACUGGGAUUCUGGGCUUGUCACUUCUACGGCAGCGACCUGAACUUUCCAAGGUAGUGGCUUUUGAAAGCGAUCCUGUCCUCGCAGAGGUCACCAAGGCGAACGCCGUGAAGAAUGGCCUGGCGCCCAAGCUGCAAGUGCAUGCGCUGCGAUCCACUGCCAUGAGCUUUGAACCUGGAGAUCGCGCGAAGCUUCUCGUUGCCGAAAUUCUGGAUGCUGGCUUGCUUGGAGAAGACUGUUUGGGAACAUUGCGUCAUGCAUCUGAUUCGCUUUUGUGUAAGGACUACUGGGCCAUACCAGCUUCGGCAGAUGUCUUUGCAUGCGCCGUGGAAAGUUCCAUGUUGACGACCUUCCAAACGGCCGAGGCUGCUUGGUGGACACAAAAAGCCCCAGGCUACCGUGCAGAUCAGGGAGACGCCAAUCCUCAUGAUGUCGCCUUAGAGAAGUUGCUUGCAGCAGGCAAAGCUCGUCUUCUGACGGACGAGUUCUUCGCACUGUCAUUUGACUUUGAGUCGCUUCCCGACGGCCACCGGGCAAGGAAACUGGAGGUAGCCAUCACGCGAUCCGGACGACUUGAUGCUAUUGUUUUUUGGUGGUAUUGCUAUAUGCUUCGUGGUGACAAAGUUCCCACAAUGACGAAUGCUCCAUCCUCUUUCUCCAAGGCCGAGGCAAGAGAGAUCGACCAUUGGCGCCAAGCAGUGUGCAUCUUGCCAUACCCUCGGCCGGCCGUCCAGGCAGGCCAGGUCGUACGCUUAGUUGUGUUCCACACAGAUGAAGACAUUUGGUUUCGAGUCCAGGACGAGCUUCCUGUAGGGCCAGCAGAAUUGCCGCGGGCUUCCAGCAACUUAGCACAGCUGUCUUCCUCCAGGCUUUGGAUGCUCUCAGAUGAAGAGAAGUACAGACAGCUGCAACAGGCAAUGCAUCGGGCUGUGAAGUCUCUCAACAAGGGGUCUCCUCUGCAUACCAACAUGCAAGUUGUGGAUCUCUCAGACGGGCCCUUCAUGAGCUUCCUUGCCUUCAAGUCCCUCUGCCGCUACGGGUGGAAUCCGAAGUCGAGGAGAAUGCGAAAGAUGCUGCGGAUGGCGCGCACGCCGCUGAUCAGCCUGGAAACCAACGAAGAGGAUCUACAAGUGGCCAAAGAGCUUUUCGCUAUGCAUCCCAGCUGCAGCUCCCUCACUCCGGGGUUCACCCGGCCGGGUGCGUUCCGACAUGUGCCGAAAGUGAAGCAUCUUUUGGGGUCUCCCUGCCUUACUCCGGAGAGCGUCUCCAUGAUCUGUGGUGAGCCUUUUGCGCGUGAGUGUGAAGGUCUCCCUUGUGACUCUCAGAUGUGGCAUCACUGGGCACAAGUGGAUGCACUUCGAUUCGCUCUCAAGCCCACGGCGGUUCUUCUGCCUAGGUCUUUCCGACUCAAGGCCGUGCUCCUUUCCUGUCAUGACCUCUGGAGACGCCGUCAAGAGAUUCAGUCGGCCUGGGGCGUGGAUGUCUCUGCAGUGAACCGCUUGCAUCCUGAGAGGCGGAAUGGGACCCCUGGGCUUCCUGGGAGCCCUGGGCGGCCCAGGUUCCCUUGCGGCCUUUGGCAAGUGGAGCAUGCUAUUCUGAGUGACCCGGUGACGCUGUGCCAGGUGGAUUUGGCUGAGGACUUUCCCGAUUCGGUCAGGAGGUUUCCUGGCGUCAUGUUGGGAAGUGGCCGCCCAGGCGUUCACGGCAUUGCAACUUGGACGGAGGUGUGGUUCAGCAAAGUGACAGGCUGGAUACCGACGGUUCGGAUAGGAGAAGCUGCUCGCUUUCAACCCAGCCCCAUGUUGCAAGGAGUCCUUUUGGCGAAGAAGCUCGCUCAAGACACUGGUGUGUGGCUUGAAUCUUUUUUCAGUGCUGCAGACGGCUCGCUGCAUGUGCAAGCUCGUUGGAGCAGCGGUGCCCCGUUUUAG